UGGUUGUGUCUAUCGAGAUUGAAUUACCACGAUCCAAGCAAGGAUCCCACCAUAACAUAAAUCGCACUGGGAUAAUGUGUUCCAAGAAAAUCAAUAAUAAUUUGUCAUUAGUGAAACGUGAAUACGUAUUUGCGCUCACAAUCAAAGCAUCGCAUUCGUCUCGGCGCUUACGAGCUUGCUGCUGAUGACGACAUUGGUCAGAAAUUAUUGCUGUUUUAGCAAAUGACUCUCCCGGCCCCAUUACUUGAAUGAGUGAUUGUGAAAAGAGCGUCGGAUAUGAUUGGUCUAAUGCAAAUUCAAUUUAUGUUUCCCUACAAAUUCCGUUUUUCUCGACUGGUGACACGAGAAUGUUACAUCUAGAAUACACAAAGCUACACUGUAACCCACUAAGCUACGCACAAUAGCGUUGAGCUAAUAUUGGAAUGAGAAUAAACCUAUUUUUGUACAACGCCGUUCUCCCCGUUUCAAUCAAAACGCAGUUAAUUACAACCAGUGCUGGAGCAAAAAAUGGAGCAUGGUAAACCAACAGAAGCUAUCACUAUUCCAACAGUCAGGCCGGAAGCAUCUGGACAGGUAAAUCCUGGCCAGAAAGCAGAUGAUAAUCUAAGUAUCAAAUCGUCCGAUUCCGUUACCACCAGUGGUGAAUACGAAAUUGUCCCGGAGGCACCGAUGUUUUCGGUCGCACUCGACGGCACACCUUCGUCCCCGGUGCUGGAUAUAGCACACGUUGGUGGCGACAGGCGGAAGGAAACUCUCGAACCGAUACGUGGACCCAAGCAGGUUGAUGAUAUAAAUUUGAGCGACUGUUUGUACGAGGACGAAGUGGUUGUGAGCUUGGUGCCGGCUGCACUCCAGAAGCUGGACGCAAUCUCGCCCAUUCUGAACAUCGAGGGAAACGGUAAUGUCAUGGACUUGGAGAAGAAUAUGGAUGAGGUCAUCCACGAGCUGGACGAAGAGCGUACGCUCAGUGCAAGCGAUGGUGAUCCAGGGAGUGCGAAUAAAACUCCUGUUAGAUGUAUUACCACCGGAGGUAAUUUGAAAGCCCAAGCGCCUCAGCUCUCCCUCCGAGGGCUGCAGAUGCGCAGUGCAAGUGGUGGUGUCGCUGGGGGUGAACUGACUCCCAAUCUAUUAUCGCCAGAGAAUCGCGUCGGCCAAUCGGUCUUCUACGAUUGUCUCGAUUCCAGCCCGACGACGGAGAGAGACGAAGUGAAGCAGAAUCACUACCCGAUCGAAACGGACGACGAGCUGUCCGACAUUGAUCAGGAGUGUACCAUAUUCAGCGGUGUCACGUAUCUUGGGGCUACCAGCAUCAAUGCUCCCAAAUCGGAGAGGGAAAUACUGCAGAAAGUUACAGAGAUGAACGCCAGCUCGGAUAGAUCCCCGCUGGGGAUGAAAGUGUCUGUUAGCAUCCCAACUCGGUCGGAAGGAUUGGUGGUGCUCCACGACGGUGAAACGAAUGGCGUGAUCGCCACCUACGAGGUUCAGCGAAUUCUGUUCUUCGCUCGGGGUCCGAUCGGCACACCCAAUCAAGCUUGUUUCGCGUUCACUUGGUCUCACGGAGAAUCACAGGAAACUGCCUCUCAUCAGUGCCAUGUUUUCAGAUGUAACAUCCCUGAAGCAGUCACUCAAGUCAGUGCCUGUUUCGCGAAGGCCUUCGAACGCGUGCUUCCCCCGAGCAUUCCAGCCAGCAUGACAACUUCGUUGGCGGACAGCAGUCUGAAUGCGAUGAUGGCCUCGAUCACAUCGGAUAGUGCUGGCAAUCCGAUCCAAUCGGCAAUGUAUGAAUUUAGUGUCUCGCUGGAAAUCAAGGAGAAGGAAAAAGGUGGAUAUACAACGGUACCCAGGGAUGCCAAGUCCAGUUUUCGACUCAGAUGCAACACUGAUAAAGAAGUUUGCAUCACGGUGAAACAGAUACCAUCCGAACAGUACCCACCGUUGUACAUUGAACGAUGCUUUGGAGUGUUGCUCAGUCCGGGGAAAAUUGUGCGACAGGCCGAUAUGCAGCUGCUGGAUAUGGUCAACAUGGGUUAUCUCAAACCGGACACGACUCCUGUGCCGACGAAUCAAAUGACCGCUUCGAUGACUUCUCUCACAGCGGCUGCCACUCUUUCCCAGCUACCGUAUCUCAUUCGAGCCGAAUGGAAGGCCAACGAUAAAGCGUUCGAGCAGCUAAAUACUGAAACGCAGAAGAAAUGCCUCACCGUUGCGGUGGACCUAGUCAUCAAAGGAAUCCAGGAACCCGUACGUUUCGUCAUCGAAACCUCGGUCAUGAUACUGUCGCAAAGCGAAUUACGGAUCAUGCAAAAUCUAUUCACUAACAAGCGGUUGCUUGUGAUGUAUUACUAUCUAACGCUGAAGGAAAACGGUGAAGGCAACUGGGAGGUGAAGUCGAUCGACCAUUCCGAUGAAAUCGUCGAGCCGCAACCGCCAACCUCCCUUUCACUGAAUCUUAACUUCAAAAACUGGGCGUUCAAAACGUCCGCCAGUGUGCAAUCGAUGGAAUUUGACGACUCUAGUCCGGAUUACAGCUCGGAUGGCGACGAACCGUUGCUAAGUGGAACGGGAGAGGUUUCGAAGGAUUGUCCCAGCGCUUUGCUGGACGACUGGAACGAAAUUCUCGUGGAGUGGGAUCGAGAUAAUCUCGACAGGCGUCCAAAAAAUUUGCCCAAUUUGGUGCGCUGUGGCAUACCGGACAUACUGCGGGGUGCGAUUUGGCAGAAGCUUGCCAACGUGGAGAACAAGAUCGACAUGACCGACUCGUAUCGGGUACUGAUCACCAAAGAGACGAACUGCGAGAAUGUGAUUCAGCGGGAUAUUAAUAGGACCUUUCCGGCGCACAAAUUUUUCCGAGAAAGUGGCGGAGCCGGCCAGGACAGUUUGUACAAGGUUUCGAAGGCGUACGCGGUGUACGACACGGAGGUCGGCUACUGUCAGGGGUUGAGCUUCAUCGCGGCCAGCUUGCUACUGCAUAUGCCCGAAGAAGAGGCCUUCUGCGUACUGGUGGCCCUAAUGUACAACUACGGCUUGCGUGAUAUGUACAAGAUUGGCUUCGAAUCGUUGUACCUCCGCUUGUACCAGCUGAAUCGGCUCAUGAAAGACCAGCUGCCGGAUUUGUACGAACACUUCCAAGCCACGGGUGUCGAGGCGCACAUGUUCGCAAGCCAAUGGUUUCUGACACUGUUCACCAAACGCUUCCCGCUAUACUUUGUGUUCUACAUUCUGGACGUGUUCCUACUGGAUGGGAUCACGGUCUUGUUUCAGGUGGCUAUUACACUGCUGUCGGUGUGCAAGAAAGAACUGCUGGAGCUUGAUUUCGAAGGAAUACUAAAGUACUUCCGUGUGACGCUGCCGAAAAAGUGCCGAAGUGAUAACCAGGCUAGGAAACUGAUGAAGCUUUCGUUCGAAUGUAAGGUGAAGAAGUUGAAGAAAUACGAACUUGAACACAUGGCGAUGAAGGAGGAACGUGAGCGCAAGGAAAGGGAGAUCAAACAGUACGAGUUGAAAUUCAACGAGGAACGGACGAAAAUGCAACAGGAGAUAAUUGCAUUGAACGAGAAGCUGGAAACAAAGUCCAGAGAUGAAAAGAAAAAUAUUGGUAUUAUAAUGGAUUACAAGGUAAUAAUUCAAAGGCAGGAAAAUGAGAAUAAUAAACUUCACCAAAUGUUGGAUGAUCUCACGAAAACAGUUUCGGUUUGCUCGAAGUGCUCUUCCAGCAUACCGAAAUCGUCGCCGUUGCACAAAAGCUAUGGCAAAAACCUCCAGCACGCGAAUAACGAGAACAACAAUGACCAGGCCAUCCAUCUCACAGAUAGUCCUCUUGGUCCACUAGAUCCGUUGCUGAUUGCCACCCAACGAAUACGAGAGCUUGAAUUGGAGCUAGCACAAAGCAAGUUGGCACAGGUCGAGGCCGAAUGCAAGUGUCAGGAUCUCCAUCACCAACUGAACGCUACUCUGACAGAGAUGCAAAUUAACCGCAGCAGCUGGCAACCGUGGUUCUCCAAAACGCUGAACUCGAUCCAUGAGAAAGUCGUGACGAGGCGUGAUGUAAAUGCGCCACUGGCCACGUUCCAAUCGUACACUGAUUCGAGUGUAAAGCUCCGUGACCAUCCUCAACCCGUUCCGUCGCAUAUGCAGUUGAGGAACAAACUGAACCAACGCCACAGUCUGUCACAAGCUACUUUCGAAGGCGGAGGCGGCGGCUGCAGUGGAACAGUGCCCGGGACAGGCGGUGCUUGUCUCAGCGGACCGAAUAACGAGAACGUUAUACUUAGGGAAUCCGCACAACGGUGCAACAGUCUGAAGUAAAUCCAGCCAGCAGAUCUCACCGGGACUACGGGACUGCAACUCUAAUUUGGGGAGGUUAUAAGGACACUUAAAUAAUAUAAUAUAAUGUACGCCGCAAGUAGUAGGACCAACAGGAACACAGAAGAAGCCAUGUUAUUUAAUCAGGAUCCAAUAGAUACUACACAUUCUAGAAGCUUAUUAUCAGGCCCGAACUGUAGUCGAGCGGCACCACAUCUUUGGCGAAAUGCACGAUUUACUCAUACGUAACAAUAAGAACAUAUUUAAAAGACUCUCAGAACUCUCUAUAGCUGUUUAAUGUUCAAUUGAGUAUAUUGGUUUUUUUCUGCAGUGAAUCUUUCAAAAUCUUCAGGUACUCCUUCUAUAUCAGGAAAUCUGGGAGGAUACUAACUUACAACAUCUAGGUUUGUCCAGCGACCUGUAAUAUUUAAGAAAAUAAUCAUAGGGUUAUUUUGAUAAAAGAAAUGCAUUUCGUCUCGCGUUAGGGAUACUUUACAAGUGCCGUGUACUCAACAUAUAGCCAAGAGAUUUUUUCAAACGCUAGAGACAUCAAUCUGGCCAUUUGUAACACUUUCUAGAAUCAAUGGCACAAUACCUGAGCCCGAGCUACUGAGAGAACAUGAGCAGCUGAUAUUUUCGAAUUCAAUAGAAAACUAUGAACGAAAUCUCUUCGUCGCUCUUUCGUCAGCAUUGGCCAAUGUAUACAGCAAGCAUACAAGUGAAAAAAAUGAGGAAUAAAUCACGGAAUUAUCUGAUCAA